AAGCAUACUGAGGGGUUGCAAUAUACAUACUUUCGCAAUCACCAUUGUGGUUCAUUAGUCUUCUAUUCGAGUGGCAUGCAUGAGAUCUGCUCAGUGAACAUGAAGACUCUUUUAUAUUUGACAGUCCUAUUAGGGAUUUGCUACGGGCAAGGCAGAGAUAACCAAGGCACAGAGUUUUUACUUGGCUUUAUGAACAACAGAGUUUCAGGAUCUUCAACUAAUGACCUUGAACUCUUUGUGACCACAAGCUCUAACUCAGCCGUAGAUGUAACGGUAACAGCCCCUUUAUAUUCACCCGGAAGUACGCUUGCGUCUACAACUGUCACACGUGGUAAUAUUGAAAAGAUAACCAUAACGAUGAACCUUCGCGGGGCAGAUGUAGAACUAGGAAAUAAAGGUGUCUUGGUCGAAGCAACAGAAGAAAUCACCGUAUUCGCUGUAAACAAAGAGUUAUACUCCACAGAUGGAUUCGUAGGUUUUCCGACCGACACAUUAGGAACAGAAUAUGUACUGAUCACAUGGUCUGAAGACGGACAGUUUAUGGUUGUUGGUGUAACUGAUGGAACCACUAUAACUAUUACACUUCCGACAUUUGUGUCUACUACCUUAUCUGUUACAUACAACGGCAAUGCAUAUACUAACGGUGAUUCAUUCACCGUUGUUCUUGAUCGCUACCAAACAUUUCAUUGUCAUCAAACCGAUGGUGACUUCACCGGAACAAGAAUCCAAUCAACUCAUCCAGUAUCAGUUUUCAGCGGAGCCAAAAAGGUAGCAGUAGUAGAUACAAUGACAGGUUCAAGUUCUGACCAUCUUGUAGAACAGAUAAUGUCAGUUGACACUUGGGGCAAAGACUUCUUCACCAUAAGUACACCAGAUAGAACUAUUGGUGAUUACUUCAGAAUAGUUGCAAGUGAAGAUUCUACCACUGUGUCAUUGGCCGGUUCAACACAUGGAACCAUCAAUGCAUAUGAAUACAUCGAACUGAACGUCGACACAGGGGAUUAUAAAACCAUAACAUCUGACAAAGCAGUCAUGGUCGUUAUGUUCGGGAAAACCGUCAGUUCCCAGGUUGGAGAUGCACCUAAUGGCGGUGAUCCACAGAUGACAGUAAUACCACCUCUUCCCCAAUUUCCGUCAGACUAUACCUUUAGCACAGUUGAAACACCAAGCGGUGAUUUUACAAAUUACGCCUUGAUUGUUAUAGAUAAAUCAAAAACUUCCGAUUUAAUGGUUGACAAUGUUGCUGCAAGCACAUCAUGGACAGCAAUUGCUGGGUCAGCCAAUUUGGUCACUGCAACGUUUGAUAUUAGUCCUGGAUCACACUCAGUCUUCAGUAACGACCCGGCUGCGACUUUCAUGGCAAUAGCCUUCGGCAACGCUCAGACUAAUUCAUAUGCUUAUGCAUGUGGUUUUCGAUUAGCACAAAUCAAUGCGCCAUGUUCAGCCACUCAAACAGUAGCCGGUGACAUCGUGGAUAACGAUUGUGAUGGGUGGAUUGAUGAAGAAACAGCCAACGGAAUAGACGAUGACGGUGAUGGAUUGAUAGAUGAAGAUUUAGCUACUGCUCCCCGAGUUGACGGAAACUGGGCAGAUUGGGCUGCAUGGAGCGCAUGCUCCGUAACUUGCGAUUCUGGAUCCGGUUCACAAAUCAGAACAAGAUCAUGCACAGAUCCUGCUCCUGCAAACAAUGGAUUGGAUUGCACUGGUGACUCGUCCGAGACACAGUCCUGUUCAUCUGUCAUACCCUGCCCAAUUGAUGGAAACUGGGGAUCAUGGGGAGUAUGGACUGACUGUAUGGUGUCAUGUGGAACUGGUGAAAUCAACAGAACACGUGAGUGUGACAAUCCAGCUCCUCAACAUGGCGGGGACAACUGUACUACCGGAACUGCUAUAGAAACUGACAGCUGCUGGAAUGGAACUUGUUAUCCGUCAGUUAUUGGAAAUAUUGAUAGAAAUUGCUCUUGGACAUGGUUUGGAUGUAAAGAUGGUGCCAUUACAUGUAUAGAUUUCUCUUUCCGGUGUGAUGGAAGCGAGGACUGUGAUGAUGGCAGCGAUGAGUCAGCAGAAAUAGCAGGAUGUCCAACCCAGUGUAACGGAGCAGGUACCAUGCCAGUAUCCAGUAUUUUGAUUGGUACGAUUAUCUGCUUCCUGUAUGUGGCAAUGAUGGGACAUUUUUAACCUUUGAACGACAGCUUAUUAAGUUAUUUAGUUGAAAUGUAUGUUGUUGAUUUGUAUAUUUAUUUAUUUUCUAAAAUGUAUUUUUUUACUAUUAAUUU